AUGCUUGGCGCUCUUGCCCUUAUGGCUACCUUGCUGCUGCUGGCUGUGCCACCAACCGCGGUCAAAGCAGCAUGCACUUCGAACCACCCAUCUGUCGGGUUCACGGGCUCGUUCACGCAGUACGCUCACCAGUGGAAAGGCGACUUUGAGAUUGUUGACGACUGCACGUUCCGCGUGACCAACUUCCGCUAUGAUGGCAACGGUCCCGCCGUGUAUUGGACCUCGGCACCGUCCGAAUCAGACCUCCUCGCCCGCCAGAACACAUUUCGCAUCGAGAAGAACGCGCAGGAAAUCCCUGCAGGGAACGGCUUCACCACGCUCACCGUCACCAUCAAGGACUCGCUCACGUGGGACGACAUCCCCGUCGUCUCCGGUUUCUGCGAGCCGUUCAAGGCAAACUUUGGCCACAUCGCCCCGUCCUUCUCCAACUGCAUCACUUUGCAGGAGGACAAGUUGAACCUCCUGUGGGACGUUGACGGCGACACCAUCACGUUUGCACUUGAAGGCGCAAUCUCAGACACGGAAUGGAUGGCGUUUGGCAUUCCUGAGCCAACUGACCGCGUGCUCAUGCCCGGCUCAGAUGUCACCGUUGUCGGCUUUGUUGGCGGCGAACCGUUUGUUGAGGACUACUACCUUACAGGCCGGUUCCAGUGCGACUAUGCGGGCGGCGGGUCUGCGGGCGUGUGCCCCGACCGCCUCCUCGGCGACUCAUCCGAUAACAACGUCAACCUCGUGUACGCCCAACGCGAGAACGGCGUCUCAUUCGUCGCCUGGUCUCGCCAGAUCGACACAGGGGAUACGGACUACGACCACGUGUUCAGCAUGUCUGAGCGCGCGUAUGUGUUCGCAUAUGGGCCACUCGGCGAGGCGUCAACAGCGGAGCUCCCCAUUGUUCUCUAUCACGGCGCCACGCAGCACGCGCCAGACGGCUUCACCAUCAACCUCUCGCAGUCCCAGCAGACAUGCGCGCUCCUUCAAGCGGACAUGGGAUCCGGCAGCUCCUCCGGCGGCGGGUCGUGCGGUGUGACCACAAUUGGCGACGAGACUGAGUUUGUUGUCACCACAGGCACCAACCUCAACUAUCCGAACCCACCCGCAUGGGGCAUCUCCUACUGGAUCAACGGCAUGGAGAGCCCACUGCUGCGUGUGUUCCGUGGUGUUGAGUACACAUUCACCAUCAAAGCCACGAGCCAGCAUCCCUUGUACAUCACCAACGACAUCAUUGGCGGCCGUGCAAACGCAGACAUGGAGACUGUCUACGCCGGCAGUGCGGAUGCGUGGGGCACAGGGGACUCUCCAUACGUCCUUAAGUGGACCCCCGACGACAACACACCAGACACCGUGUACUACCAGUGCUGGAUCCACCAGAAACUCGGCUGGCGCAUCUCUGUUGAGGGAACAGAUGAGCGGCCCAUGGUUGGCGGUGAUGAUGACAAUGGCGAUGAUGACGACGAAAUGGCAACAUCAGCAUGCCCGCGCACGCACGACUUUGUUGGCAGGACGGCUGAGUUCUCUGAGCUGCAGCACAGAUGGCGUGGCCGCGUCACCGUCAUCGACGACUGCUCCUUCAUGGUGGAAGAGUUUCGGUACGAUGGCCUCGCCCCCGCCGUGUACUGGUGGGGAUCGACAGGAAAGUCGCAGUCUGAUCUCCGUCGUGGUUUCCGCCUCAACUCCCAGCGCGUGCAGGGCGCGCCCAAUGGCGGCGUCACGCGCGUCAUCACCCUCGAUGGCGUGACGUGGGACGACGUCAACGUCAUUGCGGGGUGGUGCGAAGCCUUCAAUGCGCUCUUUGGCCUCGUUGAUCUGCGAUCGGCCGAAGACACGGAUCCAGACACAUCCACCGGCGACAACUGUGAUCCCUCACCACGUGAUGAUGCAACAUGCAUGGCACAACUUUCAACCGAUUUCACGCUGCACUGGAAGGUGGUUGCGGAGGACGUGUCGUUUGUCGGCGAGUUCCGCAACAGCGCGGGCUGGGUUGGCCUCGCCAUUCCUGAGGUCCCCGAGUUUAUGCUCGGCGCAGACGCCGUCAUUGCAUCCGACACCAUGAUCCCAAACGCAUAUACCCUCCGCGAGCGGAACAGAGCUGGCAUCGUGCCUGCCCCUGAUCGCAUCUACAACGCGUCGUUCACGCGUGACGGCACCACUGCCAUCCUCGCCUUUUCGCGGCCAAUCAACAACUCCUACUCUGUCGUAGAUCUGAGCAGCGAUGUCAACUUCAUCUGGGCGCGCGGAGAGGACGACACGCUCGCAUACCACGGCGCAGACCGCGGGUUCUUUGCGGUGAACCUUGCCAGCGGCUCCCAGUCCAGCGGUGGCGCAGACUCCCUCACCAACGACCGCUACGUGCAUGGCGUGCUCAUGGGCUUGGGCUGGGCUGUCUUCCUGCCCGCUGGUCCCAUCUUCGCCCGCAUCACAAAGAUCUGCCCCGAGGAGAAGCGGCACGUGUGGUUCCACGCCCACGUCAUGUGCCAGGCAGUUGGCAUGCUGCUUGCCACCGUCGGCUUCUUCUUCGCCCUCAGCAAGUUCUCAGACUCCGGGCGCGGCUCCACCUACCACCACCGCACGCUCGGCAUCGUGGUCAUGAUCCUCGCGUACUGGCAGCUCGUCAACGCCGCUGUUCGCCCAAAGCCCAACGGCGGCACCACCAGGACCGUGUGGGAGACCGUGCACUGGCUCUCUGGCCGUGUCGCUGUUGCUCUUGGCGUCAUCAACGUCCUCGUUGGCAUCGAAGUCCUGCAUGAGGUCACAGGCGACAACCGACGCGUCUGGUUCGUCGGCUUUGCCACGACUUUUGUCAUCGUCACCAUUGUUGCGGAUGGCUUUGCGCGCCGUGUUCUGCACAAACAGAACGCAGAGCGCAAGACAUCCAUCUCGCAGGCGCCAUUCUCCGAAGAGCCCGUGCACCUGGGCCAGUUUGACAACGAGCCGUACAACGCAAAAGUGUCCAACAUUUAA